CCACCCUUCUCUCUCCCUCUCUCUGUAUCUACAGCGUCCUCUCUCUCUCUCGCUCGCUCGCUCGCUCGCUCGGUGAGCCGAAUCCAUGGAGUUCUACGUGGACGAGAAGUGGAAGUUCUCCAAGAAGAGCCGGAACAACGGCAGCAGGCGCGUCCCCGGCGGCAGCGGCGCGGGCGGCGACCCGUUCCUCAAGAGGUCGGCCAGCUCCAGGGAGCAGGUGAUCGGCCGGGGGCGCGUGGGCGGCGGCGGCGGGGCGGCCGCCGCGCCGUCGUUCUCGAGCCGGUGCGCGGGGCUGGUGAAGGAGCAGCGGGCGCGCUUCUACAUCAUGCGCCGCUGCGUGACCAUGCUCGUCUGCUGGAAGGACUGCUCGUAGCCGUACGUAGCCUCCCCUCCCUCUCGCCGCCGGCCGGCGCUGGAAGAUCUCCCCUCCUCCACGCUGCUCCGCCUCCAGAUUAGCCGCUGGGCAGAAGAAUGAGAGGGGGCACUGAGAAAAUGGCCAAUUAGGUGAAGUAUGUAUAGAUCAGAGUGUUCAUUAGGAGCCCUUUCCUUUCCUUUUUUUUUACCUCCCAUCAAUUCGUGGGGUGUUUCUUGAUCAUUGCUAGUGCUUGAUUAGUUAGUGAUUAGUAGAGUGUUUAGUACUACAAGCUAGAUGUGGUAUUGUGCACAAGUUUUGGGAUCUCCUCCUCCUCAAAGGAGCUGGGGAUCUGGUAGUUGUUGAGGCGCUGGAAGGGGGAGCUGGGCGGUUAGCAGCUAGCUGAAGUGAAAUCUAGUGGAUCUCCUACUAUUGUACCACGACAAGGCCGAACAGUUGUCAGUCACUACCGAUGUAUAGCUAAAGAAAUGAGACGCAACAAGAUACUAUGAUGUCACGAAA